ACGGUCGCGGAUGCGGACAGAGGGUCGUAUGCUCUCCCAGCGCCGGAUCUCUGAGGAUUACAGCCGGCUGCAACACAACAAAACAGGGACCCUCGCUGUGCCUUUAGGAGCCACCGAUUCACUGUGGAUGUACUGACACCAAAGGAAUACAAAGAGGGGAUUAAUACAAGGCUGGAACAUCCAUAACCAUGGAUGGGGUGAAGACGUGCGUGGUCUUCGGGGGUUUCCUGGUGGUGCUGGUUUCAGUUGCUUCCAGUCUGUCGCCACCUACCAUCGUGUCCAACGAAGAAGAGUUCAUCCUCCGGCCCAACUCCGUGUUCAACAUCAGCUGCACCGGUAAAAAGAACGUCAUCUGGGCCGAACCGCUGCCGGAAAACACCUUCGUGUACCCCGGAUACUACACCGCCACGCUUUUCAUUUACAACGCCACCGUGGAAAACACCGACUACUACAUGUGCACCUAUGAGUUCCAGGAGGGCGAACCAGAAGAAGAAAACGAGGCGGGAAUUUACGUCUUCGUCCCAGAUCCUCAGGUUCCUUUCGUCCCAGAGACCCCCGAAAACUUGGUAGUCCCCAUGGAGAAUAUGGGGGUCCCCAUCACCUGCCGAGUGUCCAACCCUUACUCUCACGUCAUCCUGAGGAGCAUCGCCAGUGGAGAGGAGAUGUCCGCCCUCUACGACAACAAGAUGGGCUUCUUUGGAAACCUGUCGCCGGGGCAGUACCGGUGUGAAACCGUGGUGAACGGCCAGACGAUGACCAGCGCCAUUUACACCGUGGUGAACGAGGAGGAUUUUGACGUGAAGGUGAAAGCCAGUGUGGAGACGGUGCGAGCCGGGCAGCCCUUCAACAUCACAUGUGUCGCUCCCACCGGACUGAACUUCCAUCAGCAGUGGCUGCAUCCGAAAAAACAGGCGGUGGAUGCAGUUCAGAUGAAGCAGACUUUUCCCGAUCGGGUCGUCUACACCCUCAGCAUCCCACAAGCCACCUCUCAGGACAGCGGCGUCUACGAGUGCUCCGUCGCCGAGGAGACGAGCGGGGAGGUCAGAGCCGGAAGCGUGGCGGUCACCGUCUUCGAGGAGAAUUCCUUCGUCGCUCUGGACCACGGUGGGCUUCAGGCCACGGAGUUCAUCAGCCUCUUAGAGGAGACGGAGUUCAUCGUCCUCAUCAAUGCCGACCCGGCUCCCAAAGUCACCUGGAUGAAGGACGGCAAAGACUUGUCACAGAGCUUCUACGUCCUCACCAAGACUAGCCACGUGAACGGGAACUGGUAUGAAAGCGUUCUGACAUUACGACAGCCUCUGGUGAAAGACGACGGGAAUUACACCAUCACGGCCCUCAGCGGCUCUCGCACUGCUCAGUUCUCCUUCACAGUCAAAGUGAAAGCCCCCACUGCUAUGAUGUUCCCUCCAUCCUCCGCCCCCGUGCUGCUGCCACAGGUGGAGGAGCUGGUGGUGCCCCUCCACACUGCUUUCACCUUGACCUGUAGCGGAGAGGCCAAACUCGGCUGGAUGACGCCGCUCGACGCGCACGAGGAAACGCGGGAGGACAACAGCGGCCUGUUCGUCACCUCCGUCACCGUGGAGAACGCCACGGCGACGCACACCGGCUACUACACCUGCUUCUACAGCCGGAACACCACGGAGGACGUGGAGGACAGCAGCAUCUACAUCUAUGUGCCAGAUCCAGAUGUUCCCUUUGUGCCGUUGCUGGUGCCUUAUGGCAACCACUUCCUGUUUGACCACGAGGAUAUGGAGAUCCAGUGUCGGGUGUCCGAUCCCAGUGCUAACGUGACACUGGUUAAUGUCGACACCCAGCAGCCUGUUACCAGCGUCUACGACAGCAAGAGGGGCGCUCUGGGAGUUUUCACCGCUGGAACCUACGUCUGCAAGGCUCUCGUUAACGGAGAGGAACACUACAGCGGGGAAUACAUCGUCCACGGCUGGGCAGGUGGCUCUCUGCAUGUUGAGCUGAUGGCACAACGGUCCGCUCUGCUGUUGGGAGACACCAUCGUCGUCACCUGUCUGGCUCGGGGAUCUGAGAUUCUGGAGGACCACUGGAAAUACCCUGGAAAACUGGCUAAUCGUGGGAUCAAAACAGUGCAAGAGAACAAGAAGGAUCAGGAGAUCCGCUACACUCUGACCAUCCCACAGGCCUCAGACAAAGACAGCGGCAUCUACUCGUGCUCCAUCACCGACAUCAUGAGCAACGAGAGCCAGACAAAGGAGCUGGUCAUUCGAAUUUUUGCGCGGGAGAUCAUGUCCGUCCGGCCCGAGUUUGGAGAAUAUGAAUCGGCGGAGCUGGAUGAGGUUCGAGAGUUCAAGGCUGAAAUCAGCUCCUUCCCCAGCGCUCACGUCACUUGGCUCAAAGACGGCGUCCCGCUCAGCGACGUGACGGCGGAGAUCUCCACCAGCCUCCGGCAGCUCAGCGAGACCAGCUACUCGAGUGUUCUCACCCUGAUCCGAGCCAAAGAGGAGGACAGCGGGAACUACACCAUGCGGGUGGAGAACGGAGACUACAGACGUGAUGUUGAGUUGAUCCUGGAGGUCAAAGUGCCUGCAGUCAUUGUGGACCUGAUGGACAUCCACCACGGCUCAGCCACCGGCCAGUCUGUGGUGUGCAUCACCAGAGGGCAGCCCACUCCGGUGGUGGAGUGGUUCGUCUGCAAGAACAUCAAACAUUGUGCCAACGACUCGUCCGCCUGGGUGCCGCUCCCCGCCAACUCCACGGAGGUCACCAUGGACUCGCACUUCGACGAGGAUAACAACCUGGAGAGCCAGGUCAUGUUUGGUCACCUGGAGAGCACGCUGGCGGUGCGCUGCCUGGCCAGGAACGAGAUGGCCGCCGUCAGCAGGGAGGUCAAACUGGUGUCCAACGGCCCUCACCCAGAGCUGACUGUAGCUGCUGCUGUGCUGGUGCUGCUGGUCAUUGUCAUCAUCUCACUCAUUGUCUUGGUUAUUAUCUGGAAACAGAAACCACGCUACGAGAUCCGCUGGAGGGUCAUAGAGUCCGUGAGUCCGGACGGCCACGAGUACAUCUACGUGGACCCAAUGCAGCUUCCCUACGACUCCAGAUGGGAGUUCCCCCGAGACAGACUUGUGCUCGGUCGUAUCCUGGGCUCCGGAGCCUUUGGGAAGGUGGUGGAGGGCACCGCGUACGGACUCAGCCGCUCCCAACCCGUCAUGAAGGUGGCAGUGAAGAUGUUGAAACCCACGGCCCGCUCCAGCGAGAAGCAGGCCCUGAUGUCCGAACUGAAGAUCAUGACUCAUCUUGGACCACAUCUCAACAUCGUGAACCUCCUGGGAGCGUGCACCAAAUCAGGCCCGAUCUACAUCAUCACAGAGUACUGUUUCUAUGGCGAUCUGGUCAACUACCUCCACAAGAACAGGGAGACAUUCCUCAGCCUGAACCCAGAGAAGAGCAAGAAAGAGCUGGAUAUCUUCGGGAUCAACCCUGCGGAUGAGAGCAGCAGGAGUUAUGUGAUCCUGUCCUUCGAGAGCAAACAAGACUACAUGGACAUGAAGCAGGCCGACACUCAGUACGUCCCCAUGCUGGAGAUGAGCAGUCCCUCCAAGUACUCUGACAUCCAGACGUCUGAGUACGACCACCCGCCCUCUCAGAAAGAGGACGAGAUGGACGACCUGCUGUCAGAGGACAUGAACGAGGGCCUCAGCACCACCGAUCUGCUCAGUUUCACCUACCAGGUGGCCAAAGGAAUGGAGUUCCUGGCUUCCAAGAAUUGUGUUCAUCGGGACCUCGCCGCCAGGAACGUCCUCCUCUCUCAGGGCAAGAUAGUGAAGAUCUGCGACUUCGGACUGGCCCGAGACAUCAUGCACGACAACAACUACGUCUCCAAAGGGAGUACUUUCCUGCCAGUGAAGUGGAUGGCGCCAGAGAGUAUUUUUGACAACAUGUACACCACUCUGAGUGACGUCUGGUCGUACGGCAUCCUGCUCUGGGAGAUAUUCUCCUUAGGUGGAACCCCAUACCCGGGCAUGGUCGUGGAUUCAAGCUUCUACAACAAGAUCAAGAGCGGAUACAGGAUGGCCAAGCCGGAGCAUGCGCCUGAUGACGUGUAUGAGAUGAUGAUGAAGUGCUGGAACAGCGAGCAGGAGAAGAGGCCUACGUUCCUGGGUCUGAGUGAAUCUGUUUCUUCUCUGCUGCCCUCCAGCUACAAGAGGCAUUACGAGAGGGUGAACCACCAGUUCCUGAAGAGCGACCACCCGGCUGUGACCCGGGUGUGCGUGGAGAACGACGACGCCUACAUCGGCAUCGCCUACAAGAACCCGAGCAAGCUGAAGGACCGGGAGAGCGGCUUCGACGAGCAGCGGCUGAGCUCCGACAGCGGAUACAUCAUCCCCCUCCCAGACCUGGACCCCGUCUCUGACGACGAGUAUGGAAAGAGGAACCGACACGGAUCUCAGACGUCCGAGGAGAGCGCCAUCGAGACGGGCUCCAGCAGCUCCACCUAUGCAAAGCGCGAGGGUGAGACUCUGGAGGACAUCACGCUGCUGGACGAGAUGUGUCUGGACUGCAGUGACCUGGGGGAGGACAGCUUCCUGUGACGAGCGCCCCGUCUGUAGAUCAGAAACAUCGAGGGGGGGCUGUGAGGACGCAGGAAACUACAGAGGAAAAACCAAAGACUCUGGCUGUCUACCCUUUGCUCCUCCUCCUCCUCUUCCUGGACCGCCCAUUCAGAGGACAGAACAAAAACCACUUCCCCGUCUGGAUGCGGUGACUCUACGGCCCUCACUUCUCCCUGGACGCUGCCCCCUGUUGGGCUGGAGGAGUGACUGAGCGUCAAAGAGAACGUGACACUUUAAGGAACUCAAAGAACCAGCGAGCCUGCGUGUCGGACUUUAAAAGACCUUUUUUUUAUAAUUUGCAGAGCUUUAUUCUAUCGGGCAUUCUUUUAACAGCAAUAUAAGCAAGAAGGGACGAACUCAACGCCACAGGAUAUCAUACAUAUGAUACAUAUAUAUGUAUAUUUAACCACUACAGAUGCACUAGACUAAAGGAGUCCAAUACUAGCAACAGCAUUGGCAGGUAAACUCACUUCACACUCACCUGCUGCAAGAGAAGAAGCACCUGAUGCUGGCACAAUCAGUAGCAAUACUCAGAUUUAAAAGCACAAAAUCUGGACUUUGUUUUUUGGCGUACGAUGCGACCAUAUACUGUUUUUUUUAAUAGCGGAACACGUGCGGUAAUUCAAAAUUUAUUUUUGUACUUCAUCAUUGUGUAAACGUGUGUUAUUUGUGAAUACCGUGGUUUUUGAGAAUAGAGCUUUUAUGUCGCCCCAAAUAGAAAAGAAUUAUGUUCCCAAAUGUCAACCCUGCAGACUUCAGUCACAUGUGUCACGUGGGCUUUGAAGAGAAACAAAAAACGAAGUGUGAUUGUAUUGUAAAUAGCUCCAGAGUUGUUGUUUUUUAUAUAAGAGAGAGUUAUUGGGAUAACAGUUAUUUUAUGUAAGCACAUAUCAAGCUUCUGCACCCUCAAUGGAGCCAAGGCUUCUGAUGAAUCCAUGGCAACAAAGCAAUUAUAACACAUUUUCCUCCAAUAGGAAUCAAAUUUACCGUCAUAUAAUGGACAGCAUAUAGUCUUUGAAGAUAUUUGCGGAUUAGAAAUAUUCAUAUUUUAUCAUGUUUUUAAUGUUUGAUAUGGAUAGUAAUCAUUUAAGCUACAACAAAAAUGAGGAAAUGAAAGAGAUGAAAGAGAAAUCAAGUUCAUCAUGUCAGCAAACACGGCAAAAAGUUCUUUAUAUCCAAGAGCUUGAGCAGCAGGUUCAGUCCUCCGGUCUCAUAUUUGAUCUGAGGUCUGACGUCUUUAAAGUGUCGCAGCGAUGACGUGUCAGCAACACACUGGUUCCCUCGACAAAAAGACAAAGAGAUUAUUUUAUUGGAUUUUAGUUUAUUACAGAAAAUGACCUCUGUGGCAAACAAACAUUUAUGAUACAUGUUUGUUCAUCAAGAUAAUCUUCACAAAUCAACACCACUUUUAUGAUUCUUGAAGCGUAAAUACAAUCAGCAGAAUUAAAAAGCGUUAGGCUAUAAAACAAAUACUGUAAAUAUGAAGUGGACGUAGUCGUCAUGAUUUGUGGACUGCCGUUUUGAAGGGUCAAGUUUGGCUUUAUGUCCGUCGCCAUCUUGUUUUUUUACAACCAGUGAACAGAAGUGACCAUAUUUGGACUUAACGCCCUAAAGCAUCCCCUGCUUUAUGGUCUGUUUGACUCUAAAUGGAGCAUCAUUUACUAAAUGAACAUCAUGCUGUAUUGAAGAAGACUUGAAACUAGAGAUUGAGACCAUAAACUCAUGUUUACAAUGUUUACUGAGGGAAUAAAUCAAGAGAGAAGUAGAGUCAUUUUCUCAUAGACUUCUAUACAACCAGAGGAACUCCACCCGUCACAUGACUUCACGUCUCCGCCAAUAAGCUAAAGGACGUCUAGUGUUGGCGUUUAGUCGUCUCAUUCAGACUCAUUUUAAGACACGUAAAAGCUUCUAAAUUCACCAGAGGGGUAUUAACUGACCUAUUUUAUAUCGUAGAACAAAACGUUAGAAUCUCUUCAGCUUGUGUUAAACACAAACCUUACUUCAGACAUUCAAAAAACACAUUGUCUUUAGACCAGGGAACUGGAAGUGUAAAAAUGCCGACUCAUUUCCUCAUUCCUGCAGCUCUCCAUUAGAAGGUUCUAGUUAAACUCAGACACUAGAUGGACUAGAGGUUCACGUCGAUGUUAUACAUCAGUUUAUGUGUAGACUCUGUGUAAUCCUUUCUUAUCCUCCAGCUACUGUACCAGCUGUGCCACUGCCUCUUCCUGUUGACUGUGAUAUAAUCUGCAAUCAGUUGUCGCACUUUUCCUCGUUUUUUCCUCUAUUUUGUUUUGGAUGUUGCAGAAAAAAGAAAAAAGAAAGAAAGAAGUACUACAGAAAGGUCCUGCUUUGGCUCUAGAUGUGUAAUAAACCCGCGUGGAUGUGAAUGUUUGUGCCGGCGGGUGAGCGACGUGUUGAUGACGGUACAGUAUCUGUAAUAAUAGGUAAUCACACCCAAUAUGAUGAUUUAUUACUAUGUUUCAAUAUGUUACAUCAUGUACAUUCAGAUGAUUUAUAUUUCAAUAAAUGAU